AUGGGAGCCGUACACGUCCUUGACGACUAUUAUCUCGCCAUCACGUUCCUCAUCACUGUUGCUUACCAGCUUUUCUUCUUUGCUAUCGCCUUCUGGUUCAAAUUCGACAAGGUCACCGACUUUGCCGGCGGUACCAACUUCAUUCUUCUUGCUAUCCUCACACUUUCGUUCAGCGACAACCGCGGCGAUGCGCGCAACAUUGUAGCAUCGCUUUUCAUCAUGCUAUGGGCAGCAAGACUAAGCGGUUUCCUUUUGUUCAGGAUUUUGAAGAGUGGAAAAGAUGAUCGCUUUGACGAUAAGAGGGACAAAUUCUGGUCUUUUCUGGGAUUCUGGGUGUUUCAAAUGUUCUGGGUUUGGACAGUAUCAUUACCAGUUACCAUCCUGAACUCGCCCAAGGUUACUCGGUUCAACCAGCCGGACUUUGGAACGGGUCGAGACAUCGCGGGCAUCAUCCUCUGGUCUAUCGGUUUCAUUAUGGAGAGCGUCUCAGAUGUUCAAAAGUACAGAUUCCGUACUGCUCAUGGUAGCGACGGUGCGGUCUGCAAUGUUGGAUUCUUUGCUUGGACUCGGCAUCCCAACUACUUUGGAGAAAUCAUCAUUCAAUUUGGCAUCUUCAUGAUUGCUGUAUCUCCCGCAGCAUACAACUACGUUUCGGGCGGCGCGUAUGAUGCGCUGUACGCGUCUAUCUUUGGACCCUUCUUUUUGACUUUACUGCUCAUGUUUGUGUCUGGCCUGACAUUGCAAGAACGUCCCGGUGCAAAGAAGAGGUAUGAGAAAGGCACUCAAUGGCCCGAGUACGAGCGAUACCUCCACCGUACGAGCAUUCUCAUCCCUUUUCCGCCUCAAAUCUACGCCAGGUUGCCGGUCAUUCUCAAGAGAACCAUCUUCCUGGAGUUCCCAAUCUACGUCUUCGACCCAGCGAAGCAUGCGGACCAGGACAAGGUACAAGCUAGAUCCGCGGAGGAGGGACAGAGCAGGCCAAGUGACGAAGAGGGCUUAAGAUCUUGA